AUGCCGCGCUCCUUCCUGGUGGACUCGCUGGUGCUGCGGGAGGCGGGCGAGAAGAAGGGGGAGGGCAGUCCUCCGCCGCCGCUCUUCCCCUACGCCGUGCACCCCUCGCACCCGCUGCCCGGGCUGCCGGCCGGAGCCUGCCACGCUCGCAAGGCCGGGCUGCUCUGCGUCUGCCCGCUCUGUGUCACCGCCUCCCAGCUGCACCCGCCGCCGCCCGCCAUCCCCCUCAUCAAGGCUUCCUUCCCUCCCUUCGGCUCCCAGUACUGCCACUCGCCCCUGGCCCGCCAGCAGCACUCCGUCUCCGCCGUCAGCGUCGGGCACGCACCGGCGCUCUACCAGGGCGCCUACCCGCUGCCCGACCCGCGGCAGUUCCACUGCAUCUCCGUGGACAGCACGUCCAGCCAGCUGCCCAGCAGCAAGCGGAUGCGCACCGCAUUCACCAGCACGCAGCUCCUGGAGCUGGAGAGGGAGUUCGCCUCCAACAUGUACCUCUCCCGACUGCGGCGAAUCGAGAUCGCCACCUACCUGAACCUCUCCGAGAAGCAGGUGAAGAUCUGGUUCCAGAACCGACGGGUCAAGCACAAGAAAGAAGGCAAAAGUAGCUCCCACCGGGGCGGGGGGGGCGGCCACAGCUGCAAAUGCUCGUCCCUUUCCACCACUAAGUGCUCGGAGGACGACGAGGACUUGCGCAUGUCUCCGUCCUCCUCGGGGAAGGACGACAGAGGUCUCGCAGUCACCCCCUAA